AUGGCUUCUAGUAACAACGCUGUUUGGGUCGUUACUGGCGGCAACAGAGGCAUUGGCCUUGGCUUCGUCAAAUCUCACAUUGCUCGUCCCUCCGUUACCGUCAUUGCUACCGUUCGUGACGACCAAGCUCGGACAGCUCUCGAAGAUGCUACUGCCGAUCUAACCAGAGGCGACGGCGCAAUCUUGUCUAUUGUCCAAUUGGACUUCACCGCCGCACUCCCCCCUGACCAGAUCCGCAAACUGUUUGACAUUGAUCACGUCGAUGUUCUUAUCAACAAUGCUGCGGCCAGCUUCAAAUCCUAUCCUGUGCUCGAAAUCCCGACCGAUGACCUCCGCUCCGCCUUCGAGAUCAAUACAAUCGGCCCGCUGACGGUCGUCCAAGGGCUUUGGUCCUUGUUGCAAAAGUCAUCUGCUCCCAAGGUGGUCAACGUUUCAUCAUCUGUUGGCUGUAUCACCUACCAUGAAGUAGUCGCUGGUGCAUAUGGACCCAGCAAGGCUGCAUUGAACUGGCUUACACAGGCUCUGCAUUUGCAGAACGAGGGCUUGGUUGCAUUUGCACUUCACCCUGGGUUCGUCAAUACGGAAAUGGGCGAAUCUGCUGCUACGGAGUGGGGAUUUCCUCAUGCUAUGCUUGAAGGUGUCGAGGAAGCGGUGGAGGGUAGUCUUGGAAUUAUUGACAGUGCGACGCGGGAGAAUGUCUCUGGCAAGUUUAUUACUUCCAAGGGACAGGAACUUCCCUGGUAA